AUGCCGGAAAAGCCUCAGUUUGAACGAACCAUCUUAAUUACUGGAGCCACAGACGGUUUUGGCAAGCAAACUGCAUGUGAUUUGGCUUCUCAUCCAUCAAACUUUGUAAUCAUUCAUGGAUAUACGGAGGAGAAAUGUGAAGCAACCCGAGAUUAUAUAAUCAAAGAGACAAAUAAUCCAAAUAAUAUCGAAUAUGUUGUGGCUGACUUCAGCGGUCUUAAACAAAUAAAUGAGAUGGCCAAAGAAAUUGAGACAAAGUUUCCUGAUCUGAAUAUAAUCCUCUGUAAUGCUUCCGUACUUAAUACUCGACGGAUGGAAACUAAAGACGGCCACGAAGAAACAAUUCAGAUUAACUACUUGGCACAUUUCUUGCUGUGCAACAGACUUAUUGAUACAUUGGCUAAGAAUAAGAAUGCACGAAUUUAUAUGAUUGGUAGUAUGUUACACGGAUGGACAGCCCUGGAUUGGCAGGAUAUGAUGGCUACCAAAGAAUAUGAGAAGUACUUGCAGUUCUCAAGAACAAAAUUGAUGUGUCAUCUGAUGGCAUUUGCUUUGCACAGAAGAAUGGUUCUAUCAAAGCGUGACGUAUCGAUAAACGUAAUCGAAGUUGGAAAGGAGAAAGAGCCAAAUAAUAAUGGCAAAAUACGAAGUACUGCGACAACUUUAUCAUCAUCAAUGUCUACAUUAUCAAUGUGUCGUACUUCAAGCAAUUUGGUGCAACUUCUGGAAAAUGAUACAUUCCUGAAGAUGUCAGGAAAAUAUAUGGAUGUGAAUGGAAAACAAUUACGAUCAGGUUCGGAAGCAACAGAUGAGCGUUUGCAAGAGCGAUUAUGGAAAUAUUCAACAGAAUUGUGUGCCGGAUAUUUCUGA